CACUUUCCCAUAUCCAUUCAAUCCUUAACUCCUAUAGAUCAUAGAAGGCAAGCCACUCGAAUUCAUCUCUCCCUCACCGUAUCUACAGCAAGCAAGAGAGCUACCGAAGCGAUUCAGCUUAGCAUUAGUAACAGAAAUGGCACACGAAGCAGCUUCAGAGUUGCCCUAGUUGAAAGAUCCAUCAGCGGGUACGAGUUCGGUCCCUUGCUAGUGAUGGACAAGCCUCGCUCACCGUUGGCCCGCUUGAAAGAGCAUUCUUUGUUGAAUUCAUUCAAGCUGGAAGCUAUCGAUGCUCCUUUCUUUAUGAUGCCUAAUCCUAAAGCUAGUGGAAAUGAAAGCAAAGGCCCUUAUUUGGUACUUAAAAGCAAGAUGAUGGAUCUACUAGCUUCCGAAUCCCUUGUCCUCGGCGUGGUACUCUGGAUUGACUUAAAAGAACCGGCCCUUAGGAAUAUUUACGAUUGCCCGAUCCCUUUCGUCAUAAGGGGG